UAAAUGUUCAGUGCGAUCCUUCUGCUAAUGUCAAGAUCCGCGCCGUGAAAUAGUCGCCAUCUUUGCGACUGAGUCGCAUCCCUGAAUUUGGCCCGUUGCAUGUUCCGCGCAGCUUUAUGUAGCGUUAGAGAAAAGAGAUCAUUGAAAGUUAGUGUCAAAAGGGCAAAGCGGUUCCAGCGAGACCGGAUAUCGUUCGAGCUGUGCCGAGAAGUGUUAACCCGGCGCGAAAGUGGGCGGAACGCAUGGGUCUUACGUCCAUUUGGCCUCGCUACAGUUUAUGAUAGGGAAAAUUUCGGCGUUUAAUAAGUGACACACAUCGAAUCUGUGUUGACUGUUCCACGCAGUAAUAAUAAUAUUAACUCGUAUAAUUCGUUGGUUGAGCGUUUACCAGCAUAUGCCAUUCUAGUGCGUGUUUGUUCGAACAUAGUUUGGUGUAAGAAAAAAAUGAGUUGUCAACGUAACGCUGGCAAGAUUACAGUGCCGGACGAGUUGCGGGACGUCCUAUUAGAGUUUACGAUCAGCUAUCUCUUGGAGCAACCAGUGGAUAUUAUCGACUAUGCCGUAGGUUUUUUCACGCAACUUCGGGAAAGUCGUCAAACUCAGUUGAUUGAAGCCCCUGCGCAGACCGCCUCUUCUACGCCGGACGAGUCUGUCGAGGAAGAACCACCAAUCGGAAGGUUCCAGAAUAGGAGGAAGAGUGUCUUCGCGGAAGCCUACAACCCUGAAGAUGACGAGGAAGACGAUGGAAUUAAGAUGGUGCAUCCGAAGAGCGACGAGCAGCGGCAGAGGCUCGGUGACAGCGUAAAACAUAUUCUCCUGUUUCGGGCUCUAGACGAGGAACAAAUGGCUGACGUACUGGACGCGAUGUUUGAGAAGAGCGUGCAGCCUGGAGAAUUUAUUAUCCGACAAGGUGACGAUGGUGACAACUUCUACGUCAUCGAGAGAGGAAAGUUCGAAGUGUACGUGAAAGAUCAGCAGUCGGGGGUGGAAUCUAUGAUACAUACGUACGAUAAUCGUGGUGCUUUUGGUGAGCUCGCGCUCCUUUACAAUAUGCCGAGGGCGGCCAGUAUCAAGGCCAUCACGCCUGGUACACUAUGGGCAAUGGAUAGACAAACUUUCCGGCGUAUUUUAUUGAAAUCCGCCUACAAAAAGCGCAAGAUGUACGAAGACCUCAUCAACAAGGUUCCGAUGCUUAAACAUCUCGAGCCAUAUGAGCGUAUGAACCUGGCGGAUGCUCUAGUACCAAAACAGUAUUCAGAUGGCGAGCAGAUCAUCAAACAGGGCGACACAGCUGAUGGAAUGUAUUUUGUCGAGGACGGCGUCGUCAGGAUCACCAUAAUAGGAGAUCAUGGCCGCGAAAUCGAGAUUAAUAGAGUUCCCGCUGGUGGGUACUUAGGCGAGUUGGCGCUGGUAACACAUAAACCUCGCGCUGCUUCGGCCUACGCUGUGGGCGACGUAAAGCUGGCCUUUUUGGACGUUGAAGCUUUCGAACGCUUACUUGGGCCUUGCAUGGAACUUAUGAAGCGUAAUAUCGACGAUUACGAAGAUCAACUAGUCAAAAUCUUUGGCAGCAAAGCUAACAUUUCCGAUAUCCGAUGAACUGUUCGCGAGCAGUGAUACGUUGCACUGCUGUACUAAAGAUCCGACACUUUCGUACAGUAAUGUAAAAUGAGCACAAACUUGUACCACCCACUUUAUGAAUCUCAUCCGCGUAUUUUCAAGUAUCAUCUCGAGUCGACUUUCGUAAUGACUGUUCACUUAGACGUAUACCAGUAAGAAACGUCGUUAAUAGUUACCAAGUUUGUACCUAUGACACACAGUGAAGAGAUAACAAAAACGCAAAGAAAAACAAAAGAAAAGGAAACUAGACAUUUCGACUGGUUCGUAUCUGCAUCAUACUACCGAAGUAAAUUUUCUAAGACUGCAUCAGAUCAAGAAGUAUUAGCCUAUCUUGUCAUGUGCUCGAAACGUUUACAAGAUAGAAGUCUGGAUACUAAAUGAGAUUUUCAUUGAAUUGUCUGCAAAAAGAAAGAAAGAGAAGCGAAGAAAUACUCGGAGUGAUGCAACGUAUCGACAGACUCACAGAGUUCUUAAAUGAUGUACCUUUAUGCCAUUCUUUAUUCUUGUACUUGACAAUUUAAGAGCUGUAUUCCAUUUUACUGAAAAUGUCAAGAAUCAAUGAAUUAAAUUAUUUCGUAUAUUUCGAUGAUUCAUCGAAGGAGAUGAAGAUACUUUUAGGGUAUCAUACAUUAUACCUUCACAACGUAGAAGAAUUCUUAUUGAUACAGCUUAUUGUGGAAAUACUAGCUUAGUUAUCAAAUUAAUAGACAAUGAUAUAGACAUGCGUGACAUGCGUAAACAUCCUAAUCGUCAGUGUGUUUUUAACACGAUGGUGAUGAUAAAUCAUAGCUAAAACGCUAUGUUAGAAGAAAUAAAAAUGUAAGAAGGCAAAGAGCAUAACAGGCAAGUUAGAACAAUUACUAGUACCUACACGAUUUUUAAACGCAAACCAACAAUUAUCUGAUAUAAGAACACGUGGCAUUUAUGUUCAUCUUUAGAAAGGGGAGGGCUGGGAAUGUAAAAGAAAUAUCAUUUUAAAAUAUCGUUAGAUAUUUCAUCUAACAAUACCUGAAUAGAAACUAUUUCUCUCUUUCUUCUUCCCUAUAUAUUUAAUAGAACGAUUUUCCUAAUUCUCAUGUUCCUAAUUUUAUGGUUUGCUCUUUGCAUUAAUAAAAAGGUAUUGCAAGAUAAACAUAUAUUCGCAUAGCGCACAAUAAAGCAUCGUUUAUUUAAUUGUUUACAUACAUAUACGCGCACAGCAGAUAGCGUUUGAUCUUUGUUGUUCUAUCUGCAUAUAUUUAUACUUGUUAUUGCUUACGACCGUUUGUUACAAAUUGAAAUAGAACACUUGCUGUAGCGCACAUAAUCAGUAUAUUGUACGAGAAACGAUACAUUUUUCGAUCAAUAAUAUAGUCAAUCGCAUUGAUACAACAUCCAUGGUUACAUCAUUUCACGAGUUAGUUAUUUUCAAAUAUUCACGCCACGUUUUGACAUGAGAGAACAUUAAAGGAAUAGAUAUUUCUUAUUGCAGACUUGAAUGCACAGCCAUUAUUUUUUAGGAGAUUAUUUAAUUACAUUAUUAAGUGUUUAGAUUUGCAAAGAUCAACGUUCAAUUAUUCUUCAGUUUUUAAUAUUUUAUGGUGUUACUGUGAAAAAGAUGGCUGAGCAGUGUGGUCUCAAAUCAUGUUCAUGUGUGUCUUAUCGGUGAAUCCUGGUAACAAAAAUCGACCAAAAGAAACCUAUAAACCUAUUUUUGUUACACGUGUAUGAUACACGUUAUACAUGUAUGAUAUACGUCUAGCAUCGUGAUAAAAGAAAAAAAAAAGGAAAAAAAAGAACAGUUUGAACUAAUUUGAACGUUGUGCGAACAAGUGCGUAUGCUAGUCACUUUUUAACGGCCGUCUAUUCGUCGUAUUUUCUCCUCGGCGAAUCGAGAGAAAAGAAAACGGUCAAACGUUUUAUUACUACGAAACAAGAACAACUAUAUAUUCACUGUACGACUGAAACUCAGAAGCGACAAGCUUUUUAAAUAAUAUCACAAUCACGGAGGAGAAAGGAAGAGGAGACUAGUAAUGUGAGAACGGAAGAAAAAUAAUGUAGCAAUAGAAAUUGCUAGCGAAAUGUUGUGUUAUUAAUUUUUAUUUUCGAAUUUUUCUAUUCUCGUUAAGUUUGCUCGUUUUUAUCGAAUCUCUAAGUUUUUACAAAGCGAACGACGAAAUAGAAGAAGAAGAAGCAGUGUUCUGGUCUGAAUUCCCGUUAUUCGUGCCAUUGUAUUCAGUUGCUUUCGAGAAUUCAGCAGCGAUGCUUCAGCCGUGGUUCUUAGUCUUCCACCGUGUCUCCAGGCUGUGAUAUUAUUUUCGACGGAGUAUUUCAGACAGAUGCCUCUUAUUACUACUGCUUCCAACAACAAAAGAAAAAGGACAAAAAUUACAAAAAAAUUAAAAGAAGUAAAGAAAGAAUAGGAAUCUAGAAUCUAUCAGAAUCAAGGAAUUUCCGAACUAUAUCGAAUCGAACUUUAUUGACUGUUGGUUGCAUCGUUAAAAUGAGUGAAUCAAAAGUUCCAAUCGAUGCGAGUCGUGACUCGAUCGUUUAUGUCGAAACAAAGGAAAAUCGGGCAAUUAAAAACGAGAAAAGAAGAGAUAUAUACAUACAUACACGACACAUAGGUAUAUAAAUAUAAAUAUAAAUAGAUAAAUAGGUGUAUGUAUAUUUAUAUAUAUUUAUAUUUAUAUAUAUAUAUUUAAUAUAGUGGAAGACUAUUCUCGCACACCGAAUUGAAAAGUAUAUUUAGACGGAGUACUUAUCUGUGCGGAGCCAACAUUCGGAUAAAUUAAAUGUAAACGCUUAAGUAGAGUCGACCCAAUUUAAAUUUACUGUAUGUAUCUAACAGUGUGGUCUCUCUCUCUCUCCUACGUGUUGCGUGUUGCCCUUUCGUGUGUGUGACGACCGAGCCAGUAAAUUUUUAUUCCUUGAUUAGCAUGAACUGUUAUCGUCAGUUUUUUUCGUCUGUGCGAUUGUAUGUUUCGUGUCAUCGUUACUGAAAGUAAUUGCGUCGUAUAAAAAGAGAAAAAAAACAUAACUAACAACCCGUAAUUAAGUGCGCUGCGAAUGAAUCUCACUUGUAAUUCUAAUACACGUUACUUUACUGUGCCACACAGGGUUCCUUUCCUCGGUUGCUUCCGGAACAGAGAAACAUUCGAUCGUGCGUGAAUUUGACGCGUGCCAGGUUACUUCAAAUUGGCACGAUCUCGUUCGUUCAUCGCCAGUCUAGUCCAAAGCGUUUAAAAGAGAAUAUUCCCUGAAUAAUUGAGCGUACCAAGCUAGGUAAUGGGUUAUUCUACUGAUCGCAUACCUUCGAAGCGUUGACAAUACUGUUCUCAUAAAAAUACAAAGUGCACCAUCAAUGAUAUUGCAACGGUUUGGCAAUAGUAUAAUCUAUCUGUUUUACAAAAAAAGAGAAUCGCUUGGUCUUUGUCGUAAUUAGUUAUUUAAUCAUGAUGAAAUGUCAACGCGUUAAGCGUAUGUAUCGGCAUAAUCCUGUUCACCGUGUACGAUUUCCGUUUUUCAUGCAUACUACUAUCGACGGCCGUUCUAGAAAAGCUCAUACUGUUACGCGUUGGCAUGCGUGACGCUUACCUAAGCGUAACAGUCUCUUAGCAUCGGACCAAAUAUCUUUAAACAAGAGGAAAAGAAACCGGAGCAAUGGAGCUUGUGCGACUAUUUUCUUCGCGCUUUCCUCUCUAUUUCUGUCUCACGUUAUUUCUAAUUGUGUGGUAUCUAAGGGAAAAGAUAGUGCGCUGAGCUAUAAAUAGGCUAUUGUAAAUGUAUUUAAAGUACACGACCGUAUGUCUAAACUAAUAACUAAAAAAAAAUCGUAAAGAUAUUCGUCGUCUCACUGUCCCCAUGUGUAAAGUAGCCAUCGAUAAAAAAUCUUGCCCUCGAUGCUACUCCCAUUACUAAGCGAUACUUGUUCUAACAACUUGCAGCAACUUUGUAUGAAGAUGUGUAUAUGUAGCUUAACAUUAUGUUAAAGAAGGCAUCGGAAGGGGCAAAAGUGCCGAGGGUUAAUGAAAUCAUCCUCUUCGUACUUUUGACGAGUUCAAUCAAAGCAAUACGAGUAAUGCAGCUCGAUUGCGUAUCGACAAUCGUCCGAUAUCAUCGCAUGAAAGUCUCACAAUAUAUAAACUGUCCAUACAUCUCUCCGUCAUUUAUCGGUCGUCUCUUGAUUAUCAUUAUUAUUAUCAUUAUCAUUACUAUUAUUAUUAUUAUUAUUAUUAUUAUUGUUAUUAUCAUUGAACAUGUAUUUCCUGUGGUACAAUCGUUUCCUCGUUAAACGGGCGUGUCGUAAUACUAUCAUGAUGCGAUCGCACCGUUCAAAUAUCACAUUCUUUGCUUAAUCUGACAGCGAUGAUGUGACGUGACGUAUUAUGGGAUUGAUGUUGUAAACCAAUUGUAUAAAUCGCAUGCAGGCCAGCGAAAUUUAAUCGUGAUAUAUUUCAUAUUGAAACUAGAACGUUGCGGAAGAGUUAUCCCUGAUUUUUUCGUAUGUUAAUAUCCUGUCUUGUUAGAUCUUUCGAUUGUACAAGCAUACGCCACGCAAAAAAUGUUCUACUCGUCUAAUGAAUGUUUAAUGGAUAUACAUAUACAUUUAUAUAUAUAUAUAUAUAUAUUAUAUAUAUAUAUAUAUAUGUAAUAUAAUAUAAUAAUAUUAUAUAUGUAUAUAUAUAUAUAUAUGUAAUUUUCCGAAUGUUGAACGAUAUUCGGCGUUCUGUGAAGAAAAAUACGGAACGGGUAAAAUUGAUCAGCGUUAUCCUUCUAAUUUCAUUCGUCUGAACAAUUACUAUACUAGUAAACAUGGAAAGGACGUUGGAACAAAAGAAACGCGCAAUGAUCAAUGUGAAAUUGGCAGAAUAAGAGGAAGACUGGCUUAGAUACGUAGUUUUUAUUUAACUUGUAAAGCGACUGUUCCGAUUUCGCGACAUCUAUUAACUUGUGAAGCGACUGUGUGACUGAAACGUGACAGUUCGUUGAUCGUUCUGUUAUUGGAAUUACGUUACGCAUCUACAGAGAAAAGAGAGCAUCUUAAGAUAAAUCAAGAAACGCUAUAUUAUGAUCCUCGAUGACAUGCUAAACAUUAAGCUGAAUUAUUGUAAUCCUAUCAGGGUAUUGUAUGUCAAAGACGUGGACGCAUUAGAACAAGAGAGACACUAUGAAUUGCGGAAAUCCUCGAGGAACCGUCGGGUUCAUCAACGGAUGGCUCAAUAACACUGAACGAUUUGAAAAUACACGAAGAUGCUGCUAGUUUGAAUUACAUCAUUCCGAGCGGUUUCGAGUAUACUUAACAAUAGUUGAUCGAGCUUCUUCUGCCUAGGAUCGUAAUUCGUUUUCCUCAUUUUAUGCGUUUGCAAAAAAAAUUUAUCAAACAUCUGUUAUGCGUUUCGUUCGCGAAAGGAAUUGCAGUUUCAAGCAAAGAAAAAUUUUGUAAUAUUCUAAAGACAGAUGCUAUAUAGGAUGUCCCAGGUUUUUUCAGCUUUAUGAAUUUUAUUGUCAGUUUUAUGAGUAAAAAUAAUAGUUCAUUAACUGGUUUAAUGUUAGAUAUAAUGAUUAAAUGAGCAUGAUGAAUAAAGUCGAGGAAAACUAGUUCUUUGGCCCAUGAUCAACAAAUAUCACGUCACUAGUUCUUUACCUGUGAACGUUGCAUUCGUAAUGUAUCCGUAAUGUAAUAAAUUUAAGUUCUCAUGUAUUUUUAUAAAAACAGGUAACAUUUUAAAAUGAAAUUAAACGAAAAAUCAAUUCAUUGUUAUAUCGUAUUUUUGUUAUAACUUUUUAAUCAAAUUAUUGUUAUUUUUACUCAUACAAUAUGCUUGAACCAUUCGGCGGAGAAAAAUCCGGGACACUGCAUAAUUUUAGUAAUGUUAUUAUAUAUAUUUAAAAAAUAUCGAGUAUUGUUUGUAAUGUUGCAAUUGUGUAUUGAUUGCGUGUCCAUCCAAGUAUAGAGCCGUAGUUUCGUGAUCGCGAGACACACUCUUCUGUCCUCAGUCCUCAGUUAUAUUUCAUGCUGCUCAAGCCGCAUCGUUUUCGCACGAUUUCGAAGCGAGCUGGUAAUAUCGCUUCGGUGCACGGUCCACGAGAUGAUGUGUACGUUUUAAGCUGGAUCUAGAUUUUAUACACGUAUACGCUUGCGUAAGAAGGUCCCAGGUUAUAGGGGGGAAAAAAACGAAAACAAAGCAAAAAAAGGGAAAAGGCAGAAAAGUGCGUUGUAAUCUAUAUAAAGAGGCGGGGAGGAGAAAAAAAGGGAAUAGUAAUUAUUAUAACGUACUUAACGGUUUUUGUUUCACGAUGUGUUGUAGCGUAAUACAAACGUGCACAUACGUAUUAAUAUACAUAUAGAUAUAUUAUAUACACAGAAUUAUAUAUUAGAUAUGUCAAUAUACAUAUAUGUUAAGACUCGUAUCCAGCUGGUCUGAUCGGGUAUUACUUUAACAAUUUAAUUAAUUGCGUUAACCUGGCAGCGAUGCGAUUGCGAGUAACACAUUGAAAGAGGUGCGUGCAAUCACAUAGUUCAAUUGUAUAGCGUAUCUACUUGUCGUUUCGAUAACAGAUUCGAUGAUCUGUAGUUCAUCGGCAAUGAAAGUAAAAUGGAGUACUGGUUAAUACUUCUGUUAUUCAAUUCAUAGAGAUAAUUAUAUACGUUCACAGCACGAUCGAAAAAUUGAGGGUAAAUUACCAUCAUUUGUAUAUCAAACGAUUACCAAGGAGAUUGGCGUACGAAAUCUCUUUAAGUUAACUUUAAUUUAUUGUAUGUUUCAUAAAGUAUUGAUAUACGAAAGAAUACAAGCUUAAUCAACUAUUCUACCCGUUUAUUCAUAAUGUAUCAUAUUAGUUUAACCGAGAGAUACACAACACACACGAGCACCGGCACACGCAAUUCAAUUCAGCAUUUGCAAGUGGUGUACCAAUUCACGGAUUUCUUAGUGUCAAGUCAACAUAUACUAUCAUUUACCGUUUGUUGUUUUGAGCUACCACUUUUUUGAAACGUCAUCAGAUACAUACAGUGGAGAACUUUGUGGUGUGCUUAUGCAUAUUCGAUUAAAUAAUAACGUUCUUUUACAGCAUCACUGCCGGAUUAAGUAGCGGUGUUACUAUCUUUUUAAUAAAUGUACCUAAUUUAACAUUAUGGGUUCGGGUACAAAAGUAUUGUCUAAACAUAUUGAUUUUUAGUUGACCGUACAAAUUUGUUGCAAUAGUCACUUUUCGGAUAUCUUGCUCUCAGAUACUUACUCGAUGCUCACAAUGGUACAUACAUGCUGGUAUAUAAUAUUACCGCUACUAUUGUGACUAAUCGUUUACUUACCUGUUUAUUUAAUUAAAAGGCAUUUGUAUUUAGGAGCAAGAUAUAUUAAAUUACACUGUACUAUGUGUUGAUAGUAUGAUAGUAUAAUAAAAAUAAUAUAUAAUAAAUGA